AUAUAGCCUCUCGCAAUGAAAUGUUUAUAUAUCGUUGCAUUAAUGGCGAUGUUCUGGGUAACCGAAGUUCUGCCAUUGCCCAUUACGGGUUUGAUUCCAAUAGUUCUAUAUCCGUUAAUGGGUAUUAUGUCUACUAAUGACACUUGCCUAUGCUAUAUGAAUGAUACCACGAUGAUGUUUCUGGGCAGUUUAGUAAUUGCAGUGGUCAUCGAAAAUUCUGGCUUACACAUGCGAGUGGCGCUACUUAUUAUCAAGACUAUUGGUUGCAGUCAUCGAAGGUUGACAUUAGGUCUCUUCUUUGUGACGAUGUUCAUUUCAAUGUGGAUUUCGAAUACUGCCGCUACAGCCAUGAUGAUACCAAUAAUGGAAACUGUUCUUAUAGAACUCGAGACGCAAGGACUUGGAAAUAUGUUCGUACAGAAAGAAGGAGAGGUAGAAGAAGAAAGCACAGAAAUGAAUAAGACGCCAACGCAUAGUACUAUGGUAUAUUAUCUUGUCUCAGCUUAUGCCUCUAGUCUUGGCGGUAUUGGCACUAUUGUUGGAAGCGGUACCAAUUUAACAUUAAAAGGAUUUUUGGAGAAACGUUUCCCCAAUAGCCCUGGCAUAAAUUUCGCUUCCUGGAUGUUGUAUUCGGUGCCACCCAUGCUAUUGAUGGGUUUUCUUACAUGGUUAUGGCUGCAGAUGAUGUAUAUGGGUCUCUUCAGAUCAGAAAGCAAAGAUGCUCGCGCCAUAGAUAUUGGGCAACAAGGUGAACGUGUCGCAGCGGCAGUCAUCGAAAAGAGAUACAAGGAACUUGGACCGAUUUCGUGGCACGAAUUAUCUGUGGGGAUACUAUUUAUUUUUGUAGUACUCUUAUGGUUUUUUAGAAAUCCUGGUUUUAUGCCAGGCUGGGCUGCUUAUAUUACAAAUAUUGUGUAGCUAUCAAAAUACAUCCCUUGUAUCUAAUGCUACCAGCAGCUCUUUGUUGCUCUUUCUCGUUUCAUCUACCAGUUGGUACUCCACCCAAUGCAAUCGCCAGUGCUGCAGGACGAAUAAAGACAAAAGAUUUCAUGAUUGCCGGUAUUGGACCCAGUAUUAUUACACUCGUUAUCACUGCAGCGGCAUUCUCCACGUGGGGUACAUAUGUGUUCAAUUUAUCGGAGUUUCCCGAAUGGGCCACAUAGCGUAUACUUCCUUUUAUAUUUAUUUAUAAUUCGUUUUAUAAAAGAGCGAAAAACGACUUUACGAUCAAUAUAACAGGAGUAUCACUUACAUAUAUUUUUAAUUUCUAUUUUUAAUCAAAUUCAUUUUUUUUUAUGCAACUUCCAAAAGUA